CGGAAGCGCCCCCCCCCCCUCCCCGAGGCCGCGGAGAGCGGAGCGGCGCUGCCGGGUCCUGCCGCUCCGUGACCCCGCCGGCGCCGCCAUGAGCCUCCGCGCCUCGGUCAGCGAGUGUCUGCGGGACUGGGAGGAGCUGCAGGGCGGCUUCCAGCACGUGCAGGAGGCCCAUAAGCUGUACAAGCAGAAGCUCGAAGAACUAACCAAGCUGCAGGAUGGGAUCUCCAGUUCCAUUGCAAGGCAGAAGAAGCGGCUGAAGGAGCUGUCUCUUGCCUUCAAAAGCUGCAAGUCCUCGAUAACCGCCGAACAGGAAGAGUCCAUCCGGGAGAUCCAGAGCCUCAUCAAAGAGAGGCAGAGCAUCUUCUUUGAAAUGGAGGCAUAUUUGCCAAAGAAGAAUGGGCUGUACCUGAGUCUGGUGCUUGGGAACGUGAAUGUGACUCUACUCAGCAAGCAGGCUAAGUUUGCUUAUAAAGAUGAGUACGAGAAGUUCAAGCUCUACCUCACCAUCAUCCUGCUCAUCAUCUCCUUCUCCUGCAGGUUCCUUCUCAACUCCAGGGUGACGGACGCUGUCUUUAACUUCCUGCUGGUCUGGUACUACUGUACCCUUACCAUCCGCGAGUGCAUCUUAAUCACCAACGGGUCCAGAAUCAAAGGCUGGUGGGUUUUCCAUCACUACGUCUCUACCUUCCUCUCAGGCGUCAUGCUGACUUGGCCAGACGGGCUCAUGUACCAGAUGUUCCGAAACCAGUUCCUCUCCUUCUCCAUGUAUCAGAGCUUUGUGCAGUUCCUCCAGUAUUACUACCAGAGCGGGUGCCUGUACCGGCUGAGGGCCCUGGGGGAGAGGCACAACAUGGAUCUCACCGUGGAGGGCUUCCAGUCGUGGAUGUGGAGGGGCCUUACUUUCUUGCUGCCGUUCCUCUUCUUUGGCCAGUUCUGGCAGCUUUACAACGCGGUCACCCUCUUCCGUCUGGUCAGACAUCCGCAGUGCAAGGAAUGGCAGGUUCUCAUGUGCGGGCUCCCCUUCUUCGUGCUCUUCGCGGGGAAUUUCACCACCACCCUGCGGGUCGUCCACCAGAAAUUCCAGAACCAGAAGCAAGACGCGAAGGCCAAGUGAGAAGAGGAGCUGAUGGGGGGGGGGGGGUGUCUCGCUCUCUCCAACCCCCCCCUCCCCCCAUCUCCUAGCCAUAGUCCAGGCUUUGCUAUCCGACUCUCCUCCUCAUCCCUUGAACACAUGCCCGUUCCUCAGAGGCAGGCCUGUGCAGCCAACCUCAGGGGAAUGUGUCUGAUCCAGUAAACCAGGCUGCUGAAGUCCAUCGCACCUGACUGGUGCGAGGCUCCCUCCCAAUCCUGGCCCCAGGAAAUGCUGCCUUUAGUUGGAGCCGCUGCACACCUGCUGCGAUGCAGGAGGAUGGGAGCAAUCUCCCCUGAGGGCACCGUGGCCAGCCAGGCAGUCAUUGUCCCACUCUGCCCCCGAAGCGGCAGGGACUGCAUUACCCCCCCCCUUUGCUCCAGAAUUGGGGUGACUAGGGCAAUUACUCCAGACCCACCUGUGCUCAGCUCUGAUGUUAAUGUGACCCCUUUCUUAGGGGUCAGGCCAAACCACUACCAUGAAUACCCAGCUCGCUCCAAGUAACCUGGGAACUGAAUUCCCCGUUACAGCUGGUGGGGCAAAGCCUCUUACCUGGCUUCUGCUCUGAACACUCCUGUGUGGACAGCUGGGCCUGAGGGGGAGGGAGCAACCCCCAGCCCUGACCUUAUUCCCAGCUCCCCUUCCCAUGGACAGUGCUGCUGAGACACAAGGGGUGAACGGCUCAGCAACCAUCCCCUUUGCAUGGAAACGGGCUCCUUAUUGGUGCUGAGUCCCCAGUGGAAGUACUCCGGCUGCGGGAACCAGGCUCUCCCAGCCCCAUCGUGGGAGCAGAUUCCCUAAGGCCUGGCUCUUAUCUCCUUCGAGUGAUGGAGAAAACAUGCUUUGUAACUGUUCUGACCUCUUUACUACAGAGGUGGCGGCUGGUCUUCAGCCCAGGGCUGCUCUGCAUCCUCUCUACUCCAGCAGGAUGCUUUAAGGGCAUCCUGGAACUGCUGCAGCCUAAUACCCCAGCCUCCCCUUCCACACAAACACCCUCCCAAAUCAAUUCAUUGGGCAGCAGAAGCAGAGUGAGGGAAGAGAUGCCAAAAACCAUACAGGACACAGUGUGUGUGUGUGUAGCUGGUGCUAGAAAGUAGCUUGAGGACUUGAGCUCUGACUUCCUAGCCAGCAGGUUCCCUGGACUGGUCUCCCACCUCCUUGCUGGAGCAGCUGUCCUUGGCUGGCUUGUGAUCUGCUGGGGGAAGUCUGAUCAGCUAACGAGCUUUGGUUCUGCGGAAGACAUGUCAUGGAGGGAAUUGUUGUACCUGUAUUAAUGUCUGUGCCUCCUUUGACAGGAAGUUCAUCCAAAAUAAAGGGAGGAAGGGGGCCAUCCCUUCCUGUGAUGGA